AUGCCCCAGUCGAUCACCCCAACCGGCUCCAUCAUCCUCGACUCUGCCGCUACCUCGGCAAACGUCUCUCCCAUGAUUGCCCCCAUGCACGACCCCAAGCGCACCGCUGUCGUCCAGCAGGCCAAGCCCUUGGGCCAGAGCAACCCCAACCAGGUCGUCCCCGGCCAGACCGUCGACCCCAGCAUCCCCGGCGCUUCGCUGGGGCAGAAGGCACUUCUCGCGAAGAAGUUUGCUCAGCAGGGCAAGAAGCCCACCAUCUCGCCCACGGAUGCCCUCCAGUCGCCCUGCACGGCCAAGCUGACUGGCGCCAAGCAGCGUCGCUUUGACAAGGUGUCGACCGGCCGCCUCAACUUCUUUACCGAUGAGAACCAGCAGACCCAGCCCCAGGACUCGUAG